GCGGUACCAAUCGUUUCUGGCAAAUUGAAUUGACAGUACGAGCGUCAACUUCCGAUUAAUCUCGCUCCUCGUGAAUGUUGAAAUCUCCCACCAAAAGUGAGGAUUACCUCAUUUUAUCAGUGCUUCAGUGCUUUCUUUUCUUUUCGAUUCUUUCUAGAAUGUCAAAACAAGUUCCCACCACCUGCAGUGCUAAUCAGUGCCACAUGGAAUGAGCCUCGGCGGUCCUUCCAAGAGGCGAUAAGUUCGCGGUAAACACUUGAUCGAAAAUAAACCGGGCGCGUCUCGCUCUUAUUUUUGGCAAUUCUGACACGCACUCUUUCCUCAAAUUCUCUUCCUCUUUCUCUUACUCUCCCUCUUACUCUAACUCUCCUCCACGCCAAACCUCCCUUACGUCAAUAUUCCGAAUUCCCCUCACAACCUUCACUCUUCUAGUCCUCGCGAGUCUCUUCUUUCCUACCUCCCAGCUUUUUCCACCCGUCGGAUCUUUUUUUUUAUACUUUUUAUUCAUUUUCGAGAACGAUUUCUGUCGUGAGUGCUGAAAUUGCAAAAAGUCGUAUGAGUGUUCAAGUGAUUUUCGAGUUUAAGACUUUCACCAAAGUCUAGUGUUUCCGGGUUUUGAGUGCCACGCUGAGGAAAACGUGUUGGAUAAUUUUAGUUUCGUCAUAAGAAGGAAGAGAGAAAAUCCAGUUUUUGAGGGAGCCUAAGCAGAUUUUCAAAUAUUGAUCCGAACAUGCCGAUGGUCUUUCUGGACCGGUUGCCGGUCCCUAGUUUGAGAGUUUACACUGCCAUCAGUGUUGCAAUUUUAUCCUGCUCAGUUUAUUACGCUGCACAAAUUGUGAAGGAUCCAUCCUGGCGAACAAAUCAGACAGAUAUUGUUGACAAUCACAAUGUCACCGGAAAUGUCACGGAAACGGAUCCAAGAUCGUUUGGAGUCCAUCUUAAAGAACUUGUAGCUUGCAUGGUCCAGGAACCGGGAUGCAUCUGGACGUUGAUCAACAUGGCGUACUGCGUCCUAAUUCUGCUAGGCAAAUCCAUCCAGAAACUCGUUUUUGGAGAACUGCGAGCCUCCGAGAGGCAACAUCUGAAAGACAAAUUUUGGAAUUUUGUUUUCUACAAAUUUAUUUUUGUCUUUGGCGUACUUAACGUCCAAUAUAUGGAUGAAGUUGUCCUUUGGUGUGCUUGGUUCACUGCUCUUGGCUUUCUCAGCCUCCUCAGUCAACUCUGCAAAGAUCGAUUUGAAUACCUUUCCUUUUCGCCAACGACACCUGGAUGGAGUCACGCCCGAUUAUUGGGACUAUUGGCAGCAAUUUUGGCACUUUCUUGGUUUAUGCUUCUACUUUGCACAGCUGCAGCUUUUUUCUUCGUGUCCUUCAAUACUUUUGCGUUCAUGUCAGCUGAGUGUGUCCUGCUGGGUGUGAGGACAAUUCACGUGAUGCUGCGUUACGCUAUUCAUCUCUAUGAUACACGAGGUGCCGGCACUUCCUCCCCGCGUUCCUGGGACAAAAGAGGACCCUUGGCUUAUUAUACUGAGCUCACUUCCGAAUUAACAGUCCUCGCCGUUGAAUUUCUCCAUCAUAUUCACAUGCUUUUGUGGAGCAACAUUUUCCUCAGCAUGGCAUCCCUCGUCAUCUGCAUGCAACUUCGAUAUCUCUUUUACGAAAUUCAGAGAAGAAUCACCAAACACAGAAAUUACCUCGCAGUCCUCAGUCACAUGGAGCAAAAUUAUCCAAUGGCAUCGCAGGAAGAGCUCGCCGAGAAUUCGGACAAUUGUGCAGUUUGUUGGGAAAAAAUGGAAACAGCCCGAAAGCUCCCCUGCGGACAUUUGUUCCACAAUUCCUGCCUUCAGUCCUGGUUGGAACAAGACACCUCCUGUCCAACUUGCAGACUCGCUUUGAGCAUGCAAGCCAAUCAUCGCGAAAAUAAUCCAGAAAUCCCGCCGGAAUCACAAACUCCAGCCAGAAGGAACGACAACCACUUUUUUCAUUUCGACGGAUCCAGAUACGUUUCCUGGCUGCCAAGUUUUUCUGUCGAAGUCACGCACAACCGACUUCGAGGCGAAUUCCUCACCUUGGCUAAUACCAAUUCCCAAUUGGAUGCCAUGGCUAGACAGGUUCAGCAGCUCUUCCAUCAUUAUCCGAGAAACGUAAUAAUUGAAGAUUUGAGAGUGACAAGGUCGGUGGAAUUGACGAUUGAAAAUAUUCUUGAUGGCCGAUUAAGUUUGCCUCAUCACGUAAUUGAGGAACCGGAAACAGAAACUCAAACUCAAUCGCUCAUGGCUCACAUUUUGCCCAACACUCAGGCUCAAAAUUCUUGGGAUCCUCAUCUCGAUAUUCCAGUUGCUGAUAGUGGCGAGGAACCGUCGAAUCUUGGCGGUCGCUUCUCAAAAUCGUCAGUCGAACGAGAGCGAAUUUUGCAGCGUCGAAAGGAACAUCUUCUGCUCUCCGCUCGCCGGAAAUACAUCGAGAAACGCCGGAAAAGCGAAACUGUAACAGUUCCUUCCGAAUCGCAAUCGCCGUCCUUCUGCUGUUCCUCCUCGUCGAGAAGUACAAACGAAAUCGCUUCUUUUUCUCCUUCUUCUCCUUUUGCUUCUUCUUCUUCUUCUUCUUCUUCUUCUUAAAAAUACGUCCAAUCCAAAGAAAAAGAAAAAGAAUAUUUUCCUCAUCUCAGGACUCGAUCCGCCAGGAAAAGGAACCAGGAUCUUCUUCUUUUUCUCCAUUUUUCAAGUUCAAUUCUCGAGAGAAAAAAUAAAAAAUUGAACGAAACUUUUGCGGAAAAUGAAAAACUAAAAAAAAAAAAGGAAAAGAAAAGGAAAAAAGAGAAAAGAAAAAGGAAAAUGAAGGUGAAAUUUAAUUUUAAAUUUUCUAUUUAUUUUAAACCGAUUUGAAAUUGAUGCCAAAAAAAAAUUGCGAUUUAUUAUUCGAAUUCGAAAGAUUGCGAAAACGAAAGAGAUUGAAAGAAUGAAAAGUUGCGCGAGUUUUUAUUCUCAAUAGGCCGAGUACUUGAAACUAGAGUUCUGGAGAGAGAAUAUUCUGGAGAAUAUUUUUUUUUUUUUUAUUAAAUUCUUUAGCAGAAUGUAAUAAUUUUAAAAUAUGAAUAUCAAAUGGGAAAUAUUAAGAACGAAAUUAUCCUUCUAGUAUUGAGAAAAUACUCUCCAGAAUAGUUGAAAUUUAAUUUUAAUUUGGCCUUACUAAUGCCGAUUACGACUUGAUUAAGAUUUUUUUUUUAUUAUUUCGUUAGCAAUUAUUUCCCAGCCUUGAAUAUUUCGUCCUAGAAU